CACACACACACACACACACACACACACACACACACACACACACACACUUGAUCAUCUAGGAGUGAACAGUGAACAUGGAGCUGGACAGCCUGAGGAGUCUGCGAGAGAAACUCACACUUCGACAUGCCAUCAUCAGGGAGUUUCUUGCAGAAUUCCUCGGGACAUUCGUGCUUAUACUUUUUGGCUGUGGCUCGGUGGCACAGGCUGUGCUGAGUAGAGGAACCGUGGGGGAACCUCUUACCAUCCACAUCGGCUUCACCACAGGAGUAAUGCUGGCUGUCUAUGUGUCAGGAGGUGUAUCAGGAGGACAUGUAAACCCAGCGGUAUCUCUAGCCAUGGCUGUCUUAGGCAGGCUUCCUAUUUUAAAGUUGCCAGUCUAUGUGGCUGCCCAAUUCAUUGGUGCUUUUGCAGGCUCUUGUGCUGUGUUUGGACUGUACUAUGAUGCUUUCAUGGACUACUCCAAUGGCGAGCUGCUGGUCAAGGGUGAAAAUGCCACCGCGAACAUCUUCGCCAGCUACCCGGGAAAGCAUCUCUCUGGCUUCAACGGGUUUUUUGAUCAGGUGAUCGCCACUGCCACUCUGGUGCUGUGUAUCCUGGCCAUCGUGGACAAGAAAAACAUAGGAGCCCCUAAAGGAAUGGAGCCCCUGCUCAUCGGAUUCACCGUCCUUGGCAUCGCAGUGGCAAUGGGAUUCAACUGCGGCUAUCCUAUUAACCCUGCCCGAGACCUGGGACCCCGCCUCUUUACCGCGGUGGCAGGUUGGGGGGUGGAGGUGUUCAGAGCCGCAGACCACUGGUGGUGGAUCCCAGUCGCUGGUCCGACGGUGGGAGGAGUCUUGGGUGCAAUGAUCUACUACCUGCUGAUCGAGCUACACCACGUCGAGCCAGAAAAAAAGCAUGAGGAGAAAAACAAUGUGAAGGACAAGUAUGAAAUGAUCAACAUGAAAUAGACAGGAGACAAAUCAGGACACUUUCUGUUCAUCUGUUUUUUGUUGUUCUUUAGGUUGGUAGUAGAUUUAUAGUAGCAGUGAUGAGAUAAAAAAAAAAGGUUUAUUUUGAAGUAAAUGACAAUGAAUUAGAAUUUUUUUUAAGGACCGACUUAUAAAGUAUAAAAUAUUAUCUGAAUAUUAUGGUGGGAUUUUUGCUGCCUGAAGACACUGAACCUCGAUGUUAAGUGGAACAAUAUUUUCACAGUAUAGCGAAAGUUUGAUGAGUGAAUUAUUAUAAAUGAAAUCAUUUGUGACAAUUAAAAUGAAACUGGAUUCAGGAAAAAUAAUUACAUUCCAUCAGCUACUAAAAUUUACUCACUCAUGCAUUCGCUCAUUCUCUCAUUUACUCUCAUCCAUCCUUCCAUCCAUCCAUUCAUCCAUCCAUUCGUUUGUUGUUUGUUCAUUCACUCGUUCAUUCUCACACUUAUUUACUCACAUAUUCACUCCGUCUCUGAUUUAUUCACUCACUCACUCAUUUAUUCACUCGUUUUUUUAUUUACUCUCAUCCAUUCAUCCAUUCAUUUACUCGUUCAUUCACUCGUUCAUUCUGACACACCUAUUUACUCAUUCACGGAGUCUCUUAUUUACUUACUCAUUUAUUCACUCAAUCUCUCAUUUACUCGAUCACUCAGUCUCUUAUUCACUCAAUCAUUCACUCACACACUUUAUUUACUCACUCAUUCACUCACUCAUACAUUCAUUCACUCACACACA